ACAUAUAUUACAAAAAGAAGAAACAUUGUGCCCUGCUGUCAAAUAGGGGCCCGCUCAGCAUUAAUCGGGGCAUGCCGUGGGCAUGCCUCGACACCGAUUUUCAGCGGGUCCCUUGACGUUGCUGCGCCCUACCGCCGAAGGAGAAGCACUCCGUAAAGUGCCUGUCUGUCGGCGGGAACCGCAAUAAGGGGGCGGCGAAAAUGUACACCCAUAAAAAACAAACACAAAAAUCAAAUAAAAAAUAAUAAAAACAAAACAACAAAUCAACAAAACCAACAUUUAUGCAAUCCACGACAAAUCAGGGUUUUUACAUUAAUGUUAUCUACGGGUCGAAACCAAGUGGAUUGUAUUGGUAUGAAGUUAAUUACUUACUAUUCGUUGCAGGUGGAGCGCGCGUCGGCCAAAAAUUUCCAGAUGGCGUGGGUUUUAUCACCAUUGUAGGUAACAGGCGUCUUCUCAUGGCCCAUGGAUAUACCUUCUCCCAGACGGCCCUGAACUACUGGUACUGCUCCAAGAAACAGAAAGGCUGCAAGGCGAGGGUCAGCCUGACUGCGGACGAGAAAGAAGUGGCGUCCUGCUGCUUUGAACAUGACCAUCCCCCGCCUGUGUACAAACGCCUUCAAAGUGGGCUGUAUAAAAAGAUGUCCAGUUAAGACGAACAAGAUGAUAAUGACGAAUCUGGCGCAGCGACCCAAAAUACAGAAGUAAAAUUCAUUCAGUUAUCAAAGAAAAAACGCCUGCUGAUGGCCAACAAGUAUACCUUUGCUCAAACGUCUGCGAGACACUGGUACUGCUCCAAGAGGCUGAAAGGCUGUGAAGCGAGGAUCUUCCUCAACAAAGACGAGACUGAAGUGGUGUACAGCAAAAAUGACCAUAACCAUAAACCCCCAGUGUAUUGUCAGAUGAAUUCUGGUUACUACAUGAAGAUUACCAGUUGAUU